CGCGCCGCUCGUGACGCGCGAACGAGCGCCUCAGAGCACGCGCGUUUUCGCGCACGAACGAGAGCGCGCGCGCGCCUCGCGUCGAACGCCGUCGCGAAUCGCACCGCGCGCGCGUCGUCGCCGACGUCGCCGACGUCGGUCGACGCCGCCGACAUGGAUGGGUCAUUCAUAGGAUCGACCAUUUACCUCGUCUCGCACUCCGACAUACGAUACGAGGGCGUGCUGGUGAACAUCGACCCGGUCGAGAGCACGCUGACGCUGCAGAACGUGCGAUCGUUCGGAACGGAGGGAAGACGGACGAAUGGGGUGCAGAUCCCGCCGAGCGUGGAGGUGUACGAGUACAUCACGUUUAAGGGGGAUGAUAUCCAGGAUUUGGAGAUUGUCGAAAACGGCGCCUCGGCGGCGGCGCAGCAGCAACAGCACGCGCAGCAGCCGCAGUACAUGCAACAGCCGCAGUACGGGCAGCAGCCGCAGUACGGGCAGCAGCCGCAGUAUGGGUACAUGGGCGCGCCGCAGCAGGCGUACAUGGGAUAUCCGCCGCAGCAGCAGUACGGGAUGCCGCAGCAAUACGGCGCUCCGCCGCCGGCGUGGGGACAACCGCCGCCGCAACAGCAGCAACCGCCGCCGCAACCGCCGAUGCAACAGCAACCGCCGGUGCAGCAGCAGCAGCAGCAGCAACCGCCUGCGCCUGCGCCGAAGAAAUCGGCGUGGGGUAACCCGAACCCGGCCGCGGCGGCAUCCGAGGGCGUGAUCCUUCCGGCGGCGCGGAACGCGCCCCCGGCCGCGGCCGGCGUCGCCAAGACCGCGGCUACGGUCGCCGCUCCGAAGGCCAUCGCGAAGGCCGCCGCCCCCAAACCGAAACCAACCUCGUUUGCUGCCGCCGCUCUCAACGCGAUGGCUCCCGAGGAAGUGGCUCGGCUCAGGGCUGCGCCCAGACCGGCGCCCACGCAGGGUGGCCGCGGGGUUCCGGCGCCGAGAACGGGCGGUCGUGGCGCCGGCGGUGGACGUGGUGCGGCUCCAGCGGUGCCGAAGGAAGCGUUCAACUUUGAGAAAAUGUUGCAAAAAUUCAACAAGGAAAAGUUAGCGCAAUCUGCCGAGGCGAAGAAGCUCACGACCGAAGUUCAAUCCAACCCGGUGUACGUCAAGGAUGACUUUUUCGACACCAUGAGCAGCGAAGCUACGGAGAAGGCUGCUGGGGGGAACAGAGGUCGAUUUCACGAACAACGUCGCAUGGACGCCAUGACGUUUGGCUUUGAUGCGGUGAGCGCAUCUCACGCCGCGCAACGCGCGGCCGCUGCCGGCAGAGGUGGCCGUGGCGGUCGAAGCGACGGGGGCCGAGGCGGCGGCCGAGGCGGCGGUCGAGGCGGUCGCAGAUGA